AUGACAUACCUUGUCGACUCACCACCGCUUCCCCCUCUCUCGACUCUCUUUCCUCAUAUCCAUUCCAAUGCCGCAAGUCUCCCACGUUCUGCAGACCCUUUCACGGUUACCACCAGCACCGGAUUUCUCCCUUGCCGUUCGCCCCUGCUGCGUCUGCCAGCACAAUUCAAUGCCUUAUCAGCGAUUCUCGACGACAUGCCAAUAGUCAAAGCAGAUGGCUCGCCUGGUCUGCUCGCCACCUUCAAGCUCGGCCCUCUUAUCGACUCGGGUGCUUUACCAGAUUUGACCUCUUGUGUUGAUGACUUGCGGACCGAUACUGGCGAUCUCGACCUCGAAGCCAUUACCGCCGUCUUCAGAGACUACAGCUUUUUGGCUAGUGCGUAUCUCCUGGAGCCUUGUUGGGAGACGUGGUCGAAAGACCAUGAAGCCGGCUAUGGUUUAGGGAGAGCGGUCCUGCCAAAGUGCAUUGCCUCGCCACUAGUGAAAGCAGCGGACAUUCUCGACAUUCCGCCAUUCAUGUCCUACGCUGCAUCAUAUGCACUAUAUAACUACUCCCUCGUCAAUCCCGGUAUCGGUGCAAGCUUAUACGACAAUCUCCGUCUCAUCCGUGCGUUUGAACGCGGUCUCGACCCCUCAAGCUCAGAAGCUGGCUUCAUCUUGACCCACAUCCAUAUGGUCCAGGAAACAGGUCCCUUGAUUUCAGGCGCCGUCGACCUCCUGUCAAUCAUCGAAAACUCUCCCAAUGAUGUAUCUUCCGCAGUCUCGGCAUUCCAAACUAUGCUCUCUGCCAUGGCCCGCAUCGAAUCCCACAUGGAACAAAUGUGGACCCAUUCCCUACCAAAAGACUACCUCUCUUACCGCACAUUCAUCUUCGGAAUCACCUCACAAUCCAUGUUUCCCAAUGGGGUGGUCUACCAGGGCAGCCGCUACGGAGACUCCAAACCCUUGUAUUUCCGCGGUGAAUCCGGCGCAAAUGACAGUAUCAUUCCCCUAUUAGAUCAUCUGAUGGAGAUACCCAUGCCGAGCAACCCGCUCACGGAGAUUCUCAGAGAUUUCAGGAGUUACCGACCAAAGACACAUAGGGAGUUUCUGGCGUGGGUCAUGAGUAAAAGCGCGGAAGUGGGUGUGAGACAGUACUGCACUCAUCAUGCCUCGUUGCGGAAUAUGAAAGGCAACAAUGAGGCUGACGAGGACGAGGCCACUGCCUUGCUGUUGCCAACAUUCUAUCUCAAAUUACUUGACCAUGUGCGCAGUUUUCGCUGGCGUCAUUGGUUGUUUGCUAGGGAAUACAUUAUCAAGCGCUCGUCUCAUCCCACAGCCACGGGAGGAUCUCCUAUCGUUACGUGGUUGCCAAAUCAGUUGUUUGCAGUCAUGGAUUUGAUGGAGGACGUGUAUGGCGAGAGUGGAUUGAAGAAGGUUGUGGAGCAGGGUACACGAGAAACGGAGACAAAGGUGGUCAAGGAGAUGAUGGAUAAUGUUUCAAGUCAGAGGGAAAAGCUGGACAAGGAGGUUAACAAGUAUUGUGCAGAAAGGGGUGCCUGA